GAUAGAGGCUCAGAGGGAAAAGAGGAGAGCGAGAUAGAAAACGGAUCCUGCUUCUGCCUGUUAGACCUCGCUUUCAGCACCAAGGACAGAGCCUCUGAAGGGCUGACCCAAGCACUGAUCAGUUUAAGGGUCCCUCCCAAAUCCUCUAGAGAAAACGCAUGAAUUUGAAAGCAGCUAUGAAGCAUGCAGUAAGGUCUAAUAGGAAAGCUGUAAGAGCAGCCCACAAGUGAUUUCACCUUAGAGGCAAAAAUGGGUGAUUUUCUUUUUGUUCAUCUCCACAGUUUCUGUGUCCUUGGAAAGGCAAAGUUUGCUUUGCUUGGCCAUGUCUGCUGUCAGUAAGUGACUGCAGGAGCUGAGGUGCUAAACUCCACAGUCUCCAGAAAUCAGAAGAAAUUUUCAGGGAAAUCCACUGGGGUCACUCUUCUCCCUCUGGGCUAUGGCGCCUCUGAGCCAGCUGAGCAGCCAGAUCAACUCCACCUGUGGGGCAGAGAACUCCACAGGGGCCAGCCGGGGCCGCCCACAUGCCUACUAUGCACUCUCCUACUGUGCGCUCAUCCUGGCCAUCGUCUUCGGCAAUGGUCUAGUGUGUGUGGCAGUGCUGAAGGAACGGGCUUUGCAGACCACCACCAACUACCUGGUGGUGAGCUUGGCUGUGGCAGACCUGCUGGUGGCCACCUUGGUGAUGCCCUGGGUGGUGUACCUGGAGGUGACAGGUGGAGUCUGGAACUUCAGCCGCGUUUGCUGCGAUGUUUUCGUCACCCUGGACGUCAUGAUGUGUACAGCCAGCAUCCUGAACCUCUGUGCCAUCAGCAUCGACAGGUACACCGCGGUGGUCAUGCCAGUUCACUACCAACAUGGCACGGGACAGAGCUCCUGUCGGCGCGUGGCCCUCAUGAUUACAGCCGUCUGGGUACUGGCCUUUGCCGUGUCCUGCCCUCUCCUCUUUGGCUUCAACACCACAGGAGACCCCACUGUCUGCUCCAUCUCCAACCCUGACUUUGUCAUCUACUCUUCAGUGGUGUCCUUCUACCUGCCCUUUGGAGUGACUGUCCUCGUCUACGCCAGGAUCUACGUGGUGUUGAGACAGAGGAGACGGAAACGGAUCCUCACUCGACAGAACAGUCAGUGCAUCAGUGUCAGACCCGGCUUCCCUCAACAACCACUAUCCCCUAGCCAGGCACACAUGGAGCUGAAGCGCUACUACAGCAUCUGCCAAGAUACUGCCUUGGGGCGAUCAGGCUUCCAAGAAGCCGGAGGAGAGUUGAAAAGGGAGGGGAGGACUCGGAACUCCCUCAUGCCACUUCGGGAGAAGAAGGCAACCCAGAUGCUGGCCAUUGUGCUUGGGGCCUUCAUUGUCUGCUGGCUGCCCUUCUUUUUGACCCACGUUCUCAAUACCCACUGCCGAGCCUGCCACGUGUCUCCAGAGCUUUACAGCGCCACCACGUGGCUGGGCUACGUGAACAGUGCCCUCAACCCUGUGAUCUAUACCACCUUCAAUGUCGAGUUCCGUAAAGCGUUCCUCAAGAUCCUGUCUUGCUGAAGGAGAGGAGAGCGUGCUCCCUGUGCCCACCCUUAGCCGCCAGGCCAUUGGGCCACU